UUCCAAUUCAAUUUCCACAGAUCUCAAACCAUGUCGGGAAACGCGGGCAUGCAAGAGCUCAUCCCGAUUGUCAACAAGCUUCAGGACGCGUUCGCCGGCUUGGGCUUUGACAAUCCGCUCGAUCUGCCGCAGAUUGCCGUCGUCGGCUCGCAGUCGGCAGGCAAGUCGUCCGUGCUGGAAAACUUUGUCGGCAAGGACUUUUUGCCGCGUGGCUCGGGCAUUGUCACCCGUCGCCCGCUCGUGCUGCAGCUGGUCAACAGCAAGGGCCCCGAGUACGGCGAGUUUUUGCACAACAAGUCGAAAAAGUUUACCGAUUUCGACGAGGUGCGCAAGGAGAUUGAAGCCGAGACAGACCGCAUCACUGGCACCAACAAGGGCAUCUCGCCCGUCCCAAUCAACCUGAAGGUGUACUCGCCGAACGUGCUCAACUUGACCCUGGUCGACUUGCCCGGCAUCACCAAGGUCCCGAUCGGUGACCAGCCCACCAACAUUGAGUCGCUCAUCCGCGAAAUGAUUAUGCAGUUCAUUGGCCGACCCAACUGCCUCAUCUUGGCCGUCUCGCCCGCCAACUCUGACUUGGCCAACUCGGACGCCCUCAAGCUUGCGCGCGAGGUUGACCAGCAAGGUAUUCGCACGAUCGGUGUCAUCACCAAGCUCGAUUUGAUGGACGAAGGCACGGACGCCCGCGAGGUGCUCGAGAACAAGCUCAUCCCCCUGCGUCGCGGCUUUAUCGGCGUUGUCAACCGCUCCCAGAAGGACAUUGACGGCCGCAAGGACAUUAAGGCUGCCAUGUCGGCCGAGUUGCGUUUCUUCUCCACACACCCGGCCUACCGCGAUCUCGCCAACAAGAACGGCACCAUGUACUUGCAGCGCGUCCUCAACCAGCAGCUCACCAACCACAUUCGCGACACGCUGCCCGACCUCAAGAAGAAGCUGCAAAACCAGCUCAACCUUCUCGAAAAGGACGUGGCGCAGAUGAAGAACAUGAAGGCAGACGACCCAGCGCUCCGCACCAAGGUCAUGCUGCAGAUGGUCCAAACCUUUGGCGAAGAUUUCGAAAAGCGAAUUGAGGGUUCUGGCGAUGUGUCUCUGUCCGAGCUCUCUGGUGGUGCCAAGAUUGCCCGCAUCUUCCACGAGCGCUUCCCCUUCGAGCUGGUCAAGACCGAGUACGACGAAAAGCAGCUGCGCCGUGAAAUUUCCUUUGCCAUUUUGAACAACCACGGUAUUCGCACUGGUCUCUUCACCCCCGAUCAGGCUUUCGAGGCCAUUGUCCGCAAGCUCAUCGAGCUCAUGCGUGACCCGUCGCUCAAGUGCGUCGACCUUGUCGUCACCGAGCUCGGCAACGUUGUCACCCAAUGCGCCGAACGUCUUGCCACGUACCCCCACCUGCGCGACGAGAUGGAGAACAUUGUUCGCACCUUCCUGCGCCAAGCCCACGACCGCACCAACUCGCAGAUCGAGAUGCUCAUCAACCUCGAGCUUGCGUACAUGAACACCAACCACGACGACUUUAUCGGCUUUGCUGGCGCUUCGGAUCGUGCCAAGCAGGGCAAGGCAGCACCCGGCAAGGCCGUCUCUGCCCCCGCCAACCAGGUCAUCCGCAAGGGCUGGUUGUCGACCUCCACAGGCAUGCUCGGCACCCAGAAGGAGUACUGGUUUGUUCUGACGGCCGAGUCGCUUGUGUGGUUUAAGGACGACACUGAGCGCGACCAGCGCUUUGUUUUGCGCCUGGACGGCCUCAAGAUCCGAGAGGCAGACUCUGGCUUCCGUCUCGGUGGCGGCCGCAAAUUCGGCAUGGAGCUGUUCAACCCCGACCAACGGUACGUCUUCAAGGACCACAAGUCGUUCGACCUGUACACUGCCAACAAGGAAGAGCUCGACAACUGGCUCGCCUCGUUCCUGCGCGCCGGUGUCUACCCCGAGAAGGAGGGCAGCAACCUCGAGGACGACAUGUCCGCGUCGCUCGACCCGGCUCUCGAGCGUCAAGUCGAGACCAUCCGCAACUUGGUCGACUCUUACAUGGCGAUUGUCAGCAAAACCGUUCGUGACCUCGUGCCCAAGACCAUCAUGCACUUGCUUGUCGGGCAGGUCAAGGAUGUCAUCAAGAGCGAGCUGAUUGCCGGUCUGUACCGCUCUGGCGAGUCGGCCGAUCAGCUCAUGGAGGAGUCGCCCGAAGCAGCUUCGCGCCGCAAGGAGGUGUUGCAAAUGUACAACCUCUCCAAGGAGGCCCUCGAUGUCAUUAACAACGUCAGUAUUAGCACGACCAGCACUCCGCUGCCGCCCCCGAUUGCGUACGACGAACCUCCGUCCCCUGGUGCUGGCGCUGGUGGUCCGGAGCGUCGCGGAACUGUCGGGGCCCGCCCGGCUCCUCCGCGCCCAGUGUCGGUUGCAGCUCCUCCCGCAGGAGGCGCCCCUCGACCCACCCCUCCUGCGCCUGCCGCAGCGCGUCCUACGCCUCCGCCCGGCCCUGCUGCCGCUGCUGCUGCCGCUGCCGCCCCUGGCCAACCUUCGGUGCCCACUCGUCGCCCGCCGCCGCCCUCGAUGCCCCCGCGCCCGAAAUAAAGCGUCUGCAGGUGUUUGAUGUGUUUCCCCGUCUCUUUGUCGUUGUUUGAUGCUUUUUUUGCUGGCUUUUUCCCUCUGCUGUUUGACCCCACCAAAAAACCCGUUUUCCACUUUUUUUUUCUUCCUCCUGGUUUUUGUUGGUGGUUUUGCUUUUCCAAAUACAAUUUUUGCC